GGAGGAGCCUAGGAUACCGUGGGUGGGAGGAGCCGAAGUCUGGUUCACUUUAAUUGGCACCUGCUUUCUACAAUAGAGAAGAAAAGCGGGGAAAGCUUUCCCCGAAACUCGCUCCAAUUGGCUUUUCCUCUAGCCAAUAGCAGCGGGGGAAGCGCAUCCAAGAGACUUAAGAGGAUGUAAUUGAUGCCUUUAUAAUCGAACCGAAGUAAAAAGGAAGGUGCCGUUGAAUCGGAUUGACAUUCGACUCAGCCAAUCAUCUUCAGAAAGAAGGCGUGGUAAAGGGUUUGCUUGGCUUUCCUUCUACCUAUAAACGUAGUGAGAGAGCCUCUAAGACUCCGCCCCGGAUGUUAGGGAAGCAGAGAGAGGAGCUUGAGUGAGAUUCUAAUUUGGUUGCUGCUCUAGGAUCCGGAACUGAAUGGUACAGACAGCUUUUUUUCCACUUAAAUGUGACGAAUUCUGGAUUUAAUGGGGAAAAACGUGCGUGAAGUUCCCGGGGAUAUAACCUGACGAAUUCCCCCAUCUUCAUUUCCCCUCUGCCUUACGGCUGGCCGCAGUACCCAGGAUAUACUUAAUUUUUCAACUGUCUGCAUCCAUCUCUCUAAACUGUUUAAAUGAGAAUGUCCCUGGCUCAGAGGGUACUGCUCACUUGGCUUUUUACAUUACUCUUCUUGAUCAUGUUGGUGUUGAAAUUGGAUGAGAAAGCACCAUGGAACUGGUUCCUUAUAUUCAUACCAGUCUGGAUAUUUGAUACUAUUCUCCUUGUAAUGCUGAUUGUGAAGAUGGCUGGACGAUGUAAAUCUGGUUACAACCACAGAAAUGGACCACGACAUAUGAAAAGAAAAGUCUGGUACUUCAUAGCGAUGUUACUUAAGUUGGCCUUCUGUCUUGCACUCUGUGCUAAACUGGAACAGUUUACUAAUAUGAAUCUAUCAUAUGUUUUUAUUCCUUUAUGGGCCUUACUGGUUGGGGCUAUGACGGAACUUGGAUAUAAUGUCUUUUUUGCUCGGAGAGACUGACUUUUAACUAUAACUUUUCAAUAUAACUUGCUGAACAGCAAAAAACAAAAAAACAAAAAACCAGUAUUCCAGAUAUUUGCAAACCUUCAAGGCUACCAAGGAACUAAAAACCACACCAAUUGCAGUUUUACACUGUUAGUGUUAAAUCAAGUAAGUUAUUCAAAGACUUGAAGACAGCAUGAAAAGUAUUUAUUCUACAAUUGAAUUGUUAGUCUCUUUAUCACUUGUAAAAAUAAAACUUUGUUUUGAACCACA